AUGCCUUGCCCGACCUUGGUUCCUCGUCUCGUUCGUAAGAAUGCUCGGCAGGUUAUUGGCGCAGAGGAGUCCCCGUAUCUGCCUGUAUCUGUAUCCUGGUUUGGUAACGGAUACUUGCCGAAGCCAGCUGGGAGUGCUGGAGCCUGCGUGUACCUGCGAAUAGAUGAACAAGAAGCUGGCAGAAACCAGUCAAGCGUGGGCUGUGAGGUCCAGUCGAUCCAGUCAUUCCCGUUUGCCCUUGCACGCCACCUCAGAUCCAGGGGGAAUUGGGAAUGGACCAUGUUGCCCUUCCCAGCUAGAGCCCAGCAAAAUCCAGUCCAGGCCGCCCCAGGAGGAGCCAACGCCUACCUAGUAGGAGGAGAAGCCUCUCGGCGGCGCUACCGUGGGCCCCCCGGCCCCGUCGUGGCUCGCAGGAGGUCCUUCAUGGCCCGUCCCAGCCAGUCUCUUUAA